AUAACGAGUCCAAAGCUAAGUGCGGGCGGGCGCGCGCCACUCCCCGAGCUCCCCUUCCCCCCACUCCUUCAGCUGGACCGGGGACGAAGGGGGAGGAGAGCGGCUCGCUGCCUUGGUAGCGGCCGCGACGCGCUGGGACUUCUUUUUUUCCUUUCUUUUUCUUCUUCCCCUUUCUGCUUCAGCGGCUGGAGGAGGGGUGAGACUGCCUCAAAUGCACCGCCGCAGGAGAAUAGCGUGGGCCGCCGAAAGCCCGGAGGGCACUUGCGCGGUGAAAACGGACGCUGCAUGGAAGGGAAGCGACGACGCCACCACCUCCCGCUCCUCUUCGACGGAGGAGGAGGAAGAAGAGGGGGAGCCCCCUGUGGGGAGAAACGCCAUAGCGGGGAGCAAAGAGGAGGAGCCCCUCCUCAGGGGGAUUUUCGAGAUUGGGAAGAAGAGUUGCGACGUGGUGCUGAGCGCCCAGAGCCUCAGGUGGAGCCCAAUCCAGCCUGAGAGGCCCGUAGGAGGUUCUAAUGUGGGCUUGCCACAAAAAGAGGAAUAUGUUGAAAUGAAAAAUGUAUUUUCCAUAAAACUGAAACACCGUCGUUUUAUCGGGCAGCAAAAAGGUGGCAAAUUAUUAGGUAUCACACUGUUUGUCUGUCUGAGAAAAGGAAACAAACUUAAGGAUUCUGUCAUCAAUUUAAGUAAUUUAAGUGAAGAUCAUUGUUACCUGUGGUUUAAAUAUUUGAAGGAAAUUGUGAAUGGUUUUCCAAAUAGGCCAAAGACAUUAAAAGUAUUUGUCAAUUCAAAUAGCCAUAGACAAGAGGCUACUCACAUUUAUUAUGAACAAGUUGCGCCUCUCUUUAAGCUUGCUGAUAUCAGAACUGACGUUACAGUUACAGAAUAUGAAGGACAUGCUCUUACAUUGCUUAAGGAAUGUGACCUAAAGUCAUUUCAUGGGGUGGUUUGUGUUGGUGGAGAUGGGACUGCCAGUGAAGUCGCUCAUGGUCUUUUGCUUAGAGCCCAGAUGGAUGCCGGGAGGAAGGGUGAUGACAUAUUUGAACCAGUCAGAGCAGACGUUCCUCUUGGAAUCAUACCAGCAGGUUCUACAAAUAUUUUGGCACAUACUCUGAAUGGAAUCCAACACGCAGUAACUGCAACACUGCACAUAAUAAUGGGGCACCUACAGUUGGUGGAUGUGUGCACUUUCAGUAGUCCAACCAAACUACUACGCUUUGGAUUUUCAUCAAUGUUUGGUUUUGGGGCAAGGACUCUGGCAUUGGCUGAAAAGCAUCGUUGGAUGCCAUCAAAUCAGCGAAAAGAUUUUGCUGUGAUUAAGACACUGGCAAAUCUAAAGCCAGAAGACUGUGAAUUAUCAUUUCUACCUUUGAAAAACUUACAACAAGAUGCUCAGGAAAUUGAUACAAAGAAGCAAGAGAGACUUAAAUAUGACAACAGAGAUCAGCCCCACAGGAUCCAGGGUCACUUCCUGAACGUGAGCAUUAUGGCAAUCCCUUGUCUCUGUUCAAUGGCACCAAGAGGCUUGGCACCUGAUACCAGAUUGAAUGAUGGAAGCAUAGCUCUUAUUGUUGUGAGGAACACUUCUCGUCCAGAGUUUGUUAAGCACCUGAAAAGAUAUGGUAGUGUGAAGAAUCCGUUCAAUUUUCCCUUUGUUGAAACUUACAUUGUCGAAGAAGUAAAACUCCAGGCAAGAACUAGAAAGGAAUGCAUCUCUAGAGACAACUUGAAUUCUGUAGACUCUGCAGAAAAGAGCUACCCAUGGAAUAUAGAUGGAGAUUUAAUGGAAUGGCCAUCAGAAGUUCAUGUUCGGGUACAUCCCCGAUUAAUUAAUCUAUAUGGCAAGAGUGUCGAUGCAGUGGAUAAUCCAAAAGGAUCAUGCAGCUGUCUUUAGAAGCAAUUUAUGCAGAGAAAUUACAUCUUUUGCAGCUAAAUCUAAAACCUCAGUUGCCAGUUGCUUAUGAUAUGAUAAAAUGGAGCAGAUUGAAAACAAAGCUUGUAUGAGACAAAUCCCAAUACAUAAUAUUUCUGCAGGAAAAUUGAGUAAUUCUUGGAAGUCUGGAUCCUGUUCUGCUUAAUAAACAAUUUCCAGUGAUUAAGGAGGGAACUGCACAGUAGAGUGGGAGGACGUGGGUUUGUAUGUGACCUUCAGGAGAAGAGUCAGGCAGCAGAAUAUGGUUCUGCUGAUGUGUCCCUGCUUCUUUCAAAGUGGAUGUUUGGAUGCAGAUUUUUGAGCAGGCCAUUUAAGCUACAUGCUUCUCCCCCACCCAAGCUCCCAUUUAUUUGCUCAGUCAUUCUAGCUUUUCAUUGCUAUCUUAUUUUUUAUUAUUUUGAUUGCUUUAGUUCUGCAAACCAUCCUGGAAAUUUCAGUAUCACACAAAAUAAGUGUGUUCCAUUAGAUAUUUAAUGACAUCCUUAAGCUUUACACUACUUUCCAUCCCUUCCUAAUGCAAAUCAAAAAGGCUUAAUUUUUUUAUUAUGGCCUUGUGAGAGUAAGUAAUAUUUGAGUAAACAUAUUGUGGUAUAACGGUACUUAGCUAUAUAUUUAAGUUGCAAUCCCAUGCACACUUAACUGAGAGCAAGCCCAACUGCAUACAGUAGGAUUUACUUCUGGCUAAACAUGAUUGCAUUGUUAAUCUUCGGGGGGAAAUGGACUCAACAGAAUUAGUUUUGUCAAGUAUUUCCUCUCCUAGCAAGUAUUUUGAAAUAAUUUGACCAUUAUUUCAAAUAUAAAAUGUUCAUUUUAUUGCAGCUGGACUCUGAGUAGUUACAAUUGAUAUUAUGUGAAUUUUUAUUUAACUGGCAGAAAGUUUUUAAGUUGAUUGGCUAUCAGAUCUUAUUUGUACUCAAACUUUUCUUGUGAUUUUUAUAAGAACAUUUGAUCUUUGUUUAUAAGUUAAGUUAUGGCAGCUGUCUAGAUACUUAUUUAUGCAUUGUUUCUUUGGUUAAAAAGUAGAUCCAGAUCACUUUUGUACCACAUUUCAGAGUAUUUAACACUGUUUUAAACUUUGACUUGUGACAACACAAUGACUUUGAA